AUGCGGCAUUGGGUCGACAAUCGAGCUCCAGAAGUUGUUGCCCUGAAUAUUGUCUGUCUUUUUUCAGUUUUCGUUACUUUUGCAGUUCGAUUGUACGCGCAGAGCCUUGUGACGAAUCCAUGGAAGGCUCUAGACACAUGGUUUGCACUCGUCGCGUCGGUGUUCGCUGCGGGAGUUGCUGGCUGUAUACUCUAUGCGGUGAAACUUGGGCUUGGAAAGCAUACGCGUCGCAUUGUUUUGGAAGAUCUCUCCCCCCCAGACAAUCUCGCAGAUAUCUUCAAGUAUGGAUACAUUCAGUCCAUUCUCCAAGCCGUUUGCAUAAUGUUUACCAAGCUUGCUAUCCUAGCGCUUUAUACCCGAGUCUUCGGCCUACUCCACCAUGACCGCUGCUUCACAUAUGGUGUGUACGUAUGCACAGUCUUCAGCGUCCUUCUAGGUAUAGGGGAAAUUAGUGUGUUCAUCCUCCAAUGCGUUCCGCCACAAGUCUUUUGGAACCGCAUCUACUUGUUGUUCCCAGUCGGUCACCCGAAAGGCCCAGUUGAAGGAUAUUGCAUGGACCAGGUCACUCAUGUGGUAGUACCCAUUGCACUGGACCUUGUUUCCGAAGUGGCGAUUAUGCUGCUCCCAGCUCGGAUCUUAUGGAAUUUGUGCCUGCCAUGGAAGAAGAAGAUAGGUUUGGGUGUGACAUUCAGUCUGGGUAUUUUCGUCUCCGUAACAAACAUCGUACGCAUAAGCAUCUACGCAAGGAUGGUCAACGGUGGCGAUAUAGCUUGGGAUGACAUCGACGCUUUUAUCUGGACCAUCGUCCAGAUGUCUUUUGCUGUGGUCUGUGCAAGUAUUCCGCCAUGCGCACCAUUGUUGAAAGUGUUUUCGAAGAGAAAAGGUGGAUCAAGUAGGGGCUAUGGCUCUUCUCUUCCUCUCUCUGAUCUAUCGAACCCUCAGUCUAGCCAUCGGACGAAAGGACAGGACAAAAUUUCGUUCCAUCGAAUGUUUAACGUGUCAUAUAACGAUCGAAAGACCGGGGACGGAGAAAGUAUACAGGAGCUUAAUGGGAUCUAUAGGUCGGUUUGA